GGUUCAGAGCAAGGUCCAAGGACACGGACCUUCGCGUUGCCAACUUGUGAAGGCCACAUAAAGCAUUUCCAGCGCUGGAGACCUGACAAGUGGCGCCUGCACGGAGCUCAGCCCGCUGGAGCCCAGCCAUGACGCUGUGGUGUCCGGUGCUCGGAGCCCUGCUCACGGUCGUGGGAUGCCUGUGCCUGUCCAUGCUGCUCAGGCACCGCAGGCCCUGGGAGCCACCUCUGGACAAGGGUUUUGUGCCCUGGCUGGGUCACGCCAUGGCUUUCCGGAAGAAUAUGUUUGAAUUCUUGAAGGGAAUGCGGGCCAAGCACGGGGAUGUCUUCACGGUGCAGCUAGGAGGCCAGUACUUCACCUUUGUCAUGGACCCCCUGUCCUUUGGCCCCAUCAUUAAGAACACAGAGAAAGUGCUAGACUUCGUGCUGUAUGCACAAGAACUGGUGUUCAAGGUGUUUGGGUACAAGUCCAUAGAUGAGGACCACGGGAUGAUCCACUCGGCUAGUGCCAAGCACCUGAUGGGGCAAGGCUUGGAGACCCUCAACCAGGCCAUGCUGGACAGCCUGUCCUUGGUGAUGCUAGGGCCCAAAGGCCCGAGCCUGGGGGCCAGUUCCUGGUGCGAAGAUGGCCUCUUUCACUUUUGCUACAGCGUCUUGUUUAAGGCUGGCUUCCUGAGCUUAUUUGGCUACACCGAGGACAAGCAGCAGGACCUGGAUGGGGCGGAUGAGCUGUUCGCCAAGUUCCGCCGAUUCGACCUUCUCUUCCCCAGGUUCGUCUACUCCCUGCUGGGGCCCCGGGAGUGGGUAGAAGUGAGCCAGCUGCAGCGGCUCUUCCACCAGAGACUCUCUGUGGAGCAAACCCUGGAGAAAGACGGCAUAAGUAACUGGUUAAGCUACAUGCUUCAGAUACUGAGGGAGCGAGGGACAGCUUCAUCCAUGCAGGACAAAUUUAACUUUAUGAUGCUCUGGGCCUCCCAGGGGAACACGGGACCCACCUGCUUCUGGGCCCUCUUAUUCCUGCUGAAGCACCCGGAUGCCAUGAAGGCUGUGCGUGAGGAAGCCACCAGGGUCAUAGGCGAGGCCAGGCUGUCCCAGAAGUCCUUCACUUUCACUACCAGUGUCCUGAAACACACUCCAGUAUUAGAUAGUGUGAUGGAGGAGACCCUGCGUCUCUGUGCCACCCCCACCCUCCUCAGGGUGGUGCAGGAGGAUUACGUCCUGAAGAUGGCCAGUGGGAAAGAGUACCAGAUCCGUCGUGGAGAUAAGGUGGCCCUCUUCCCCUAUCUCUCAGUACACAUGGACCCCGACAUCCACCCCGAGCCCACAGCCUUCAAGUAUGAUCGGUUCCUCAACCCGGAUAGCACCCGGAAAGUGAACUUCUACAAGUCAGGCAAGAAGAUCCACCACUACAGCAUGCCCUGGGGCUCAGGUGUCUCCAUAUGCCCCGGCAGGUUCUUUGCCCUCAGUGAGAUGAAGACCUUUGUCCUCCUUAUGAUUGUGUACUUCGACUUCGAGCUGGUAGACCCUGACACGCCCAUACCACCUCUCGACCCAAGGCGCUGGGGCUUUGGCACCUCCCAGCCCAGCUACGAGGUACGCUUCCGCUACCGCCUGAAGCCCAUGCAGUGAGCUCAGGUCUGAGCACAUCCUGCAGCCCAGAAAGGCACUGAAUACCCAUCCUCUGGCUCUGAGGCACCCCUUCCUCUCCCUGGCAUCCCUGCUGUCUUGCUUCAUAGACAUCUCCAAGGUGUGUUUGCUCCCAGUAAGAUGCCAUCCCUCCGGUGGUUUCUGCCUGACCCUCCUCUCCGGAGGAACACCUGUGGUCAGUUCAUUUACAGCUGAUUGCCCACCCAGGUUUGACUCAUCCUGGAGGACAGAACCAGCCCCCAUGAGUCAAACGGCAUCUUGGUAAUGCUGCCUCAACCCAUCCUACCUGCCUUACUCAAUGCCCUUACUCCAAAUCCUAUCAGCUCAGACUCCAGAGAUGUUGGUCAAUGGGAUCAAGCUGUGUGUGCAAUUGUCAAUUCCCUAAUAGAUAUGUGCUAAAAGCAAGGGGUUGAGGCUUGGUUUGUGGCAUGUUUCCCUUACCCCUGAGCUUCCAGAGAACUUGAACUUCCUAUCGCCAAACUCUUCAGUGCUUUUGAAAGUGGUGUGGCCACAGGCUAGGGGCUUGGGAGCCAAGCCUGGAGAAUGGUCACAUUUGGUACAGAAGCCACUCAAAGCGCCCCCUCUAUACCUGUGUCUGCUCUGCAUCUUUGUCCUGUGGUUUGCAAGCACGCCACUGUAUUGGUUUUCUCCACCUGCAUGCAUGCCUUCCAUCUCCCUGUGGGAUCUCGCAGCCCCUCCGCUAUGCUCGGUCCAUCUGCCCCACACUCUGUGGAAUGGUUCCCUUUCCUGCUCCCCUGCCUCUCUGCUCAGGACUGCUCUUCACCCACGACCCCGAGUGUACUCCAAACACCUCAUCUCCUCCCUCACAGACAACCGGUCCCAAUUCUGUCCAUUCAAACCCGGUGACGCUUCUGAGAUGUCACUUCCGGUCCACCUCUGCUGCUGUCUCCGCACACCAGGCCCAACACCCUCACCCUUUGUUCACACAGCCAGCGUCCAAGGUUCCUUUCUGGAAAGCUGCCCUGGUACCAGCAGUUGAGAGCUUCUGGUUCUGACUGAGGAGGCACAGGUCCUGAGCUUGCCAGUCCUUCAUAGGCCAGGCACCUGUUCCAUGCCCCCCCAUAUGUGGAAAUGGGGGGGAUACAACAAUGUCAGCUGGGCAAGGCCACAGAGGUCGCCCCCUCCUCUUCCCACUGAAUUGGUCCAUGCACAUGUCCUCCCCUUGCAUCCCUAGCCUUGUAGAAGUGGACAGGCUCUCUUAGCGCUUGUGGCCAGCUAGGGGUGCUCUCAGACCUCAGCCUGGCCUUUUUGGAGAGAGGUGAUUCUUGUUGUAGGGUCACAUAGCUAGUUGUCCCAUCUUGGGCUUCUGCCUAGUAUCAAAGCAGUGCUCAGGACAGAGCAGGCAGGCUGAGAGGACAUAGAGCAGGGCAAGGAAAGACUCUUGGCCCGGGACCCCGAGGUGGUAAGGUCAUCUGCGCCGCCUGGACCCCCUUCUCCAGGAUCCUCUUGGCACGCUUGUCCGCAGCCUGCCCUCACCCAGCCAGGCCCUGCUACCAGCCAGCCACAGCUCUUGCGCCAUCCCUGCUCAUCCUCCCAACCCGGAAAGCAUGUCUAGCUGUGAGGUCACCUGUUCCAUGUACCAGGAUGCUGACAAGGUCAUGGAAGGGCAGGAAAUGAUUUGAGUACUAAGUAAAUUUGCCAAGGCUGGAAAUCAAAUUUCUGUCAUGUCACACACACCCGGAGGAGUGGUAGGCAGAAGCAAACAGACAGGUUAGCGCGCUCUGGCGAGUUUGUUCCUCGGCUCCAGGGGCUCUGGGAGGACGGAUGGAGACAGCCCUGGCAGAGGGGACAGCUGGCCACACUGGCCCAGCCCGGCAGUCCUGGGCCCCUUUCUUCUUGUCUGCUUCUUCAGCUCCUUCCUUCUCAGAAUCUCCACGGAGAGAGCAGCAGAUGGAUUCUCUCCCUGGAGACAGCUCACCAUAGAGUCAGAGCAGAGGAGCCUUUCCAGCUGGAACUGACGGCACACAAUCAGGGAGUCAGCACGCAGGAGUCUGAAGCAGGAGGAUUCCUGUUCAGAGGCAGCCUAGGCUUCAGAGUAAGAGCUUGUCAUCCCCAAAAUCCACAAAGACAAAACAAUAUGAAGUAAAGCAACUCUCCUGCAAUGGUUUUUGGGUACCUGGAAAGGAAAAGACUCAUCCACAUCACCACUGUGAGCACAGAGCUGAGGGACCAGCAGCCCAGCUGCAGGGAGUCGCUCCUGCCCUCUCCUUCAGCCAGUGUAGAGAAGAGAACUGCAGCUCCACAAAGCCUGGUGCCUGCUACCUAAGGCCGGGUGGUGCCACCAGGGAGCCAGGCUUGGUAGGCCUUGUAAAGGCAGAGCAAUGCACAGCCCUGGGUGGAGCGGAGAUGCCCCACCUUGGCUGGCCUGUGAGGACUGGUGAGCUGCUUGCUGCACAAGGCCCCUGUAGUGAUGAGCAGUAGUGUGUGCCUACUGCCUGUUCUCCCUCAGAGCGCUGCUGACUAUGAGUCUGUCUUUCCUGGGAGGUGCAUACCCACACCUACACACAUAGACAUGUAGGAACAGUUAGAAAGCCGGCGGGCACAUACCAGAUGCACAGCUAUAAGUAUUUAUGCAACCCACACAACAUACUGUCAGGAACAGACACAUGUGCAUGCAUGUUCCAGACAGAUACACAUACAUCACCGAGACCCCUGGACUCCUUAGCUUGUCAUAUCGUGUCUCAUCCCAUCUGUGCAUCACAGGCACAAAGUGAGAGACUCAGGAGACAUUGGUCCUGUCGCCACAGCUUGGGCCGUAUCUCAUCCAUCUGCCUGGUAUGUGUGGUUUCAGGAGUUCUAAUGCCCUUCCCCCAUGUUCUGAGACAAGCCACCAACUGCAGAUAAAGAACUGAGGGAGCCUGGGGUCUCUCCUGACAAUGAAGAUCUGAGGCCUUAAACAGAGAAACCUGAAGGCAUUGGAGCUGAGAGAGGUCGGGGGAGGGGAGCAUGCAGAAUGAAAUACACCAACGUUAAGUCAGGCAUAUGGAGGGGCAACUGGACCUGCAUGUGUAUGUGAAUAUAUGUAUGUGUGUGCAUGUAUGUAAAUAAAUAAAUGCAUAUGUGUAAGGGUAUGUGUAGGCACACAGUUACUGAACUCAAAUAAAAGAAAUGGGUGGGACUCUGUCUUCCUGUUCAACUCUCUGUUCA